UUCCCCUUCGGGCGGCGCCUGCCCUGUGACAUCUACUGGCAUGGGGUGUCUUUCCAUGAUAACAAUAUCUUCUCAGGUCAAGUUAACAAGUUUCCAGGCAUGACAGAGAUGGUACGGAAAAUCACCCUGAGUCGGGCAGUGAGGACAAUGCAAGACCUGUUUCCUCUGGAGUACAACUUCUAUCCUCGGUCCUGGAUUCUGCCAGAAGAACUUCCCAUCUUUGUGGCUGAGGUUCGCAUGAUGAAAGACAGUGAUCCGUCCUGGAAGCCCACAUUUAUUGUCAAACCUGAUGGAGGCUGCCAGGGGGAUGGAAUCUACCUCAUCAAAGACCCAAGUGACAUCAGGCUGACAGGAAGCAUCCAGAGCCGUCCAGCUGUGGUCCAGGAAUAUAUCUGCAAACCACUGCUUGUGGACAAACUGAAAUUUGAUAUUCGUCUUUAUGUCUUACUGAAAUCCUUAGAACCCUUGGAGAUUUAUAUAGCCAAAGAUGGACUUUCUAGGUUUUGUACAGAACCCUAUCAAGAACCCACUCUCAAAAAUUUGCACCAGGUUUUUAUGCACUUAACUAACUACUCACUAAAUAUCCACAGCGGGAAUUUCAUCCAUUCUGACAGUGUAAAUACUGGCAGCAAGAGGACAUUUUCAAGCAUCUUGUGCAGACUGUCUUCCAGAGGAGCUGAUGUCAAAAAGGUCUGGUCAGAUAUCAUUUCACUGGUGAUUAAAACAAUUAUUGCACUGACACCAGAACUGAAAGUUUACUAUCAGUCUGACAUACCAGCAGGAAAGCCUGGGCCAACUUGCUUCCAGAUUUUAGGGUUUGACAUUCUCCUGAUGAAAAACUUGAAGCCCAUGUUGCUAGAAGUAAAUGCAAACCCCAGCAUGAGAAUAGAACAUGAGCAAGAGCUUUCUCCUGGAGUGUUUGAAAAUGUCCCGAGCCCUGUGGAUGAAGAAGUGAAAGUUGCUGUCAUCAGAGACACUCUGAGGCUCGUGGACCCUCAGAAGAAGAAGAGGAAAGACACCCAGUGUCAGACUUUGGAGCACGUGCCGGAAGCAAACGAGGAGCUGCUGGACGCGGGGCCGGGAGAGCAGCCGGAGGUGGAUGCCCCCAGGAGCCCCGAGGCUGGGCUGCCCUCCCUCUGCCUCAAGCAAGUCUUCCCCAAGUAUGCAAAGCAGUUCAACUACCUGAGGCUUGUGGGAAGAGUGUCUGGACUAUUCAUGGUGUCUGCACUAUUCAUCCGAUUUCUUGGGGUCAAGGGGACGACGAAGUUGGGACCAACAGGUUUCCGAACCUUUAUAAGGAACUGCAAACUGAGUAACAGCAGUUUUUCAAUGGCUGCUGUAGAUAUCCUGUAUAUUGAUAUCACGAGGAGGUGGAACAGCAUGGGAAUUGACCACAAAGAAUCAGGAAUGUGUUUGCAAGCCUUUGUGGAAGCUUUCUUCUGCCUGGCUCAGAAGAAGUACAAGUCCCUCCCUCUGCACGAGCAGGUGGCGUCGCUGAUCGACUUCUGCGAGUGUCACUUGGCCGCGCUGGACGGGAAGCGCCUGGUGUGGGGCUGUGGGGCCGGGGAGCGCCGCGGCGCAGGGCUGUCCUGCCAGCCAGAGGGGCUUCACCUGCCAGCAGCUGCCCCAGCCCUCCUGACCCGCUCAGCCACGGCCACCAAACUCUCAGAGUACAGAAGUCAUCGCUACUGA